CAAAGGGAAGGGGAGAGACAGGAGAGGGGGGUGGCGGUCGGGGCAGGGAGAGCUUGGAGGACAUUGGGGAAGGAAGAUGGAGGUACAGGGUACAAGGGCUUUCAACAGCUUUCCUCCUUUCGAGUUGGAAGCAGUUAAUCCAUAGGUGCUUUUUUCCACCGAAAUGUGAGCAUUUCAAGGGUGAGCGCUGCCCUCUGGCCGCAAGCGCCUCCGGUGUGUGUGCGCCUGUGCGCGCGGCGCCUGUGUGUGCUACUGUCGCUGUCAUCACAGAUGUACCCCCAGCUGUCACUCCAUUGCUCCGUCUCUUCGCUUGCGCGCACACGCGCGCGCUCCCCUCCUCUCCCUUUCUUCCCCUUUCCUAUCGGUCUCCCUCUGUCCCUCCCUCUUUCCUUCUCAGUUUGCUAUUGACCCAGCAGCCCCGUCCCCCUGGCAGCUGCGGCAGGCAUUCCUUCUCCCCCGUGCUGUGCGCUGCGUGCCAGGUCCCUGCUCCCGGCCGGGCGACUGGAGACUCAGUGCCCCCAGCGCUCCGCUGGGCAGUGCUGUCUGGAUUUCUCCAGGAAUCCCAGGAGGGGCUCGCUGGACGGCUAAGAGCUACUUGAUUUAAGGAGCUUGCGGUCAGGGUGAAGAAAGACAGCUGCUGCAUGAACUCCCUGAGCUGAUGAGUCUUAUUAUAGCCCAGCGGGCGGAAGACAGAGCACUGCACCUCACCUCUCAGGCAAAGGUGGAGGGGAAGCAGGAGGCCAUCCGGCAGCAAGAGCGAGGCCCAGGCUGCACACCUGACUCAGCAGCAGACUCUGCCUCCUCGGGGGCCAUGGACUGACAGCACACACCGAGAGGCUCCUCUCUCCCCAGAGGUUCAGGGCCUUGAGAGCUGUGGCAUUCACCAUGCUGGCCCGGGGCAGUGGCCCCGAGCAAAGGACCGGGCUUGCCGUGCUGUGGAGGCAGAUUUACUGGAUCACCUGCUGGAUCACCCUGUAUGCUGUGGAGGCCCUCCCCGCCUGCCCCUUCUCCUGUAAGUGUGACAGCCGCAGCCUGGAGGUGGACUGCAGUGGCUUAGGCCUCACCAUGGUGCCCCCGGACUUGCCCGCUGCCACCCGAACCCUCUUACUCUUGAACAAUAAGCUGAGUGCCCUGCCUAGCUGGGCAUUCGCCAAUCUGUCCAGCCUGCAGCGGCUGGACCUAUCCAACAACUUCCUGGACCAGCUGCCCCGUUCCAUUUUCCGGGACCUGACGAAUCUUACAGAGCUGCAGCUGCGCAAUAACAGCAUCAGGACCCUGGACAGGGACCUGCUGCAGCACUCGCCCCUGCUUCGCCACCUGGACCUGUCCAUCAACGGCCUGGCCCAGCUGCCCCCUGGCCUUUUCGAUGGACUCCCGGCUCUGCGCUCCCUAUCACUUCGCUCCAACCGUCUGCAGAACCUGGACCGGCUGACAUUUGAACCCCUCGCAAGCCUGCAGCUGCUGCAGGUUGGGGACAAUCCCUGGGAAUGCGACUGUAACCUACGUGAUUUCAAGCACUGGAUGGAGUGGUUUUCCUACCGAGGGGGGCGCCUGGACCAGCUUGCCUGCACCCUACCUAAGGAACUGAGGGGGAAGGACAUGCGUGUGGUCCCCAUGGAGAUGUUCAACUACUGCUCCCAGCUGGAGGAUGAGAAUAGCUCAGCUGGGCUGGAUAUUCCUGGGCCACCCUGUACCAAGGCAAGCCCUGAACCUGCUAAACCCAAGCCAGGGGCUGAGCCCGAGCCCGAGCCCAGCACUGCUUGCCCCCAGAAGCAGAGGUAUCGGCCGGUGAGCGUGAGGCGGGCCAUCGGCACGGUGAUCAUCGCGGGGGUUGUCUGUGGCAUUGUCUGCAUCAUGAUGGUGGUGGCUGCUGCCUAUGGCUGCAUCUAUGCCUCCCUUAUGGCCAAGUACCACCGGGAGCUCAAGAAGAGGCAGCCCCUAAUGGGGGACCCGGAGGGUGAGCAUGAAGACCAGAAGCAGAUCUCUUCUGUGGCGUGAGAGCCCAGCCCCACUUGGCCUAGGUAGGAUGGGCUGGGAGAGCACUCUGGGGAUUGCUUCAGUAAGGGCUUGCCCUUCCCUUCACCAUAGCCCCCCCCUCCCCUCUCCUCCCCAUCCCUCCAGCAAACAAGCCACAGUGCGGCUGUCUCCAUGAACUUCCAAGUCUCUGCGGAAGCCACCCUUGUGCUAAAGGCUCCUGCUCAUGCUCCUUUCUGAGCCACCAAGUCUCUGGAACACCUGGGGGAUCUCCCUAAGCUUCUGGCCAUAGGGAAGAAAGGAUAUGUGUGCAAGUGGAGGCUUCUGGACUCAGUGUUCCCCUGUUGCCCUUCCUGCCCUGGCUGUAGACUGGGUGACUCUCCCUACCUCCUGCUCAUAGCACCUCAUCUGCAUUAGGGGUGGGGAGGAAGUGAUAGGGGGGCCAAGGGUCAACUUCUGUGACCCUCUUCUAAGCCAGGAAUAUAUUUUCAGCUGCCCUUAGUGUCGGAGUUGGGUCCAGCUUUCAACUGCUAGUACUAAUGUACAAUCACACCAGCCAUGGCAUCUGGACCCAGCUCUAAGAAACAUGAUUAUAACACACCCCCUCUGCUGAAGCCAUUAGGUCUCUCUAUCUGCUAUAGGCCACACCGACUGCAUUGCUCCUGGAUUCACUUAUCCACUCUCACACACACUCAGCAUCACCAGCGCAAUUAUAUCUAUUGGAAAUCUCUCUCUUUCUUGGUCUCUGUCUUGUCUGUCUGUCUCUUUCUCCCUCUUUCUCUUUCUCUCUCUCUCUCUCUCUCUCUCACACACAUACACACACAGAAUCACAUGGACACAGGUCAUGAGAACUUGGGCAGUAGAGACAUGUUUCCCCUUGGAUCUCUAGCCCUCAGGCCACAGAACCUUUUGCUUGCUCACCGCAAUCUUCUCAAGUCAACAGGGGGAGAAGCACACACUGACAACACAAGGCUUCCUUUGAGAUUCUCUGAAGUGGGCCAAAGUGGUGCUGCUGGAUGAGACUGCCUGUCACCAUGGUAACCCUCUCACACCUCUCCUGCUGGGUUUUCCAGGGACACCAGCCCAGAGGCCUUGAAGCUACAGCAUGUGUGGAUGGCAGCCUCCCGGGAGCCCAGGCACAUACACCACUGGGCAUUUCUUCAGCGCUAAGGACAUCAUCACUGCCAGGCCCCAUGGGGACACCCACCAGUUCCACUCCUAUAGCCUGCAGCCCAAGAACCAUUGCUCUGUACCCCUCACCCCUCCAUCUUAAGCAGCUCUAGGCCUGGGACCUUGGGGCGGGGACUGGGUCAUGAUUGGUGGCAUCUUGGGAAAGCAGGUGGCCCUCACCAAAGCUCACUGCCUGCCAGCAUAUUCCAAGCAGACCCCAGGGGCAGAGAGAGGGCUGCCACAUUCUGCUCAGAAGCCUCAGUUGUGGGGUCCCUUUCCCAGGGUUUUAUGUGCUCAGUCUGGCUUUCUGGAGGUUUUAAUUGCACCUGGACUGGGUUCCAAACCAGAGCAUGGGCCAGGGGGCCUGUUUGUUACUAGCAGCCUACACAAAAGGGGCGGCAGGUGAGAAGAUGGCUGUAUGGGGUUUGGGGGUCACUAGUCCCCUCUUGUAGGUCUGUGCCCUCCUGCAAGUCUGAUCUCAGAUGAGUACUAGGUCUCCCUCUGCUGGACACAAGUUUUCCAAGGCUUUUGGAGGGUCGGGAGGCAUCAGGCUGGUUUCUGGCUCCAAGACAGGAGUCUUGGUGGUGGCCUGGGAAGAGACCACUGGAACACUGAGGUCAAGGGUCUGAAGAGGAACAGGGAAGGACAGGGCAUGUCCACCUUGCCUUGCACCCCUCGAUCCUUCCACCUCAUAGAGGACCAUGGUAGGUGAAGGAUGUUGUGGGGGAAGGCAGGGAAUGCUGCUUAGCAGGCUGCUAAACAUGUCUCCUGAGGCUAGGGGCACAGUCUUCCUUCUUUCCAGCUAAUACCAGAUCUAGGCAUUUUCUAAGGGAAAGAGAGGGGAGGGGUGGGUGUUGUCAAUGGUGGUACCUUCAGCCAGAGACAGAAGAUUUUUAAAGGCAAAAUUAUAUUUCUGGUUUGUUGUUUCAGAAGAACAAUAAAGACUGUAUUUUCCUACGUA